GGCCGGCUAACGAUUUAGGUACCUCUGCCUAUCAUGUGUCGUGCAGAAGAGUGGAACUCUCCACCCUCGUCACAACCCCCCCCGGCGAUACAGAAGCUCUAGAUUCUGCUGCUGCCUCCAGCUUCUCCACUUCUCAUGAGGAGGCGCUACAUUACCUUUCUCGCUGCGGAGAAACUGUCACCACGAAAGAGCAUGUCCAUGGGCAGUCAGGACGGAGGAAUCAGCCCUGAGGCCGCUCUCAAAGACCGUAUUUCCCUGCUGCAAGUCGCCAGGGACCGGGGGACUAGGCGUACGCUCGGAUGGGGUAAGAGAGCAGAGCCUCCUACUCGGUGGCCCCGGACUAGCAGGUCGAAUCACGAAGCGACUCUAUGCGUCGAUCCCGGGGUACGCCGACUCCACCAGCGCGGCUCUGGGCUGCCAGGUGAUGCCUCUGUCUCACACUGGCAGCCACGCCGGAUAGCACAACUGCCCUGCAGCGAGGCGCGGACAGUCAUGUCGCCUCAGAGUUUUCACGAUUUCGCCAUUACACAGCAUCAGCUGAUAAGAGCACGACAACAGCUGAAUCCGGUCCUCAUCGAGCUGGAGGAGGGGCGAUUACUGACGCCACAGAGGUUGCGCGCGUGAGGUCCGCUUGUAGCGCCAGACCGAGGCCUUGUCGGGAAGUACUUUGUGCAUGGGUCUUCAUUGAAUGCCAAUCGUCCUUUCCUCUUCCAGCUCGCAUUACUCGAAGCCCGCGGG